GUUGACGGCAGCUUCGAACAGCUAGGAUCGAGGUGGUACAGUCGAUAUCAUGGACUGGCUCGGGAACGCGUCUAUACGCGGAGGGCAACGUCGUUGCUUCGCCCUCUGUUUGCUGACCGUCGUUUGUAUAUUGUCUGCCGCGAAACAGGCUUACUCCGCCGACGCCAACGACACGAAGGACCCUUUCGUCGCAUUUUCCACCGAUUGCUCGAACUCGGACUCCAAAAAUGUAUCUGUAUCUUGUUACGGAGUCAGAAUCGUUAGGAAGAUCGUUCAACAGCUGCUGGAGAAGACUAGCAACGAACCCAACAUCGAGAUCUUCGACGGGGUCAGUUUGGUCGAGGUACCAGAGGCUGGAUCGAUGAGAAAGGGAAGGCUGAUGAAGGGAUUCGGUAGCAUGGGGAGUUUGAUACAGUUUUUGGAGGGAAGAGAGCUCAGAAUCAAGCUGCCGAGUUUCUUGCCGCAGAACAUCGAGAGUGCUCUUCGCGAGAGUCUUCCGGUGGAUCAAGCCAGAGGAGGUGGUGGCGGUGGAUUCGGUGGUGGCGGCGGCGGCGGUGGCGGCGGAGGAAAAAAGGGCGGCGGUAACGGAAUGCUCCUAAUGGCGCUCAUGAUGGGCAAGAUGAUGGCGGCGCUAGGAUUCGGUGCCCUGGGUAUGCUAGCCAUGAAGGCGUUGAUGGUGUCCGCGUUGGCGUUGAUGCUCUCGUUGAUCGUGGCCGUGAAAAAGUUGGCGAGCAGCCACGACAGCGGCGGUGGUCACCACGUAGUUUAUGCGCAAGACGUCGGUCAUCAUCAUUACCGGAAGAAGCGAUCCAUCGGCGACGAAGACCACGACCUUCCGUACAGAGGAUACGCGCACCUGUUUGGUGAUUCGCGGGUGUCCUGAUCCGAUCGAUCGUCCACCCACACGCACGCAGGGCCGUUCGUCGUAGAUCCUCUUCGAGAGCCAAGCCGAUACGGCGUGUCAACUGACACGCCAAGUUCGAAGAGACUUUAUGAACGAGCCACCAGACAAAACACGAGACGAGGACAGCGACGAUUCUGGACAAUGACAAUGACAACGAUUACGACGACGAUGACAUUGACACGGUAGCAGUGACAGACGUGACGUACAGACCAUGUUAGAAAGUGACAUUUUCGAGAUUAGAGAUUCGUUUCGCACGUGAGACACAGUGAUGAAAAUGAUCGGUUGUGGUCCACGGGUGAUCGUGGCAAUGGGGAAUCGACGACACGGAUGCUGGAGAAACCAAAGUACACUCUGUCGAGGCAUGUUUAUUUAUUACCCUUCAUUCUCUCUAGAUGUUCAUUCAUUCAGCAUCUUUUGUACUAUUUAUUUAUUGCGCAAUCGAAU